CCCAGUCGUCGCUGAGCUUCGUGGAAAAAGAUGGCGUUCCUUCUUUGACCCGCCCCAUCACUCCCUCUGUCUUCUUCUUCUUCUUCAAUAACGCUACUUCUUAGCAACCCAUUCGAUUCUCGAUCAAUUGAAGCCUAGCGAUCCCAAUUUUACUACUGGCUUAAACGAAGGACUGUCGUACUAGUACUCUGAAUGCCAAGAAUUCUGUGGUACUAACUAAAGCUUUAGUAUGUGCCGACCAACAAGCUUCAUGGAUUUGUGUUGACAGAGUCCAUGUGAGUGCACAGGUUUUCUUUAUAAACAUGGCCGUCAAUGGCAGAGUUCUUGCUGCUCUUAUUGGUGCUUUUGUCUCGGUUUUGUUGAGUAGCAGCUUGAGCUACAGUCUUGAGAGUGAUGUGAAGUGCUUGAAAGCUCUACACGAAUCUGUACAAGACCCAUCUCAUGCCUUAAGUACAUGGAAUUUCGCAAAUAAAACUGAAGGCUUCAUCUGUAGAUUUGCCGGGAUUGAUUGUUGGCAUCCAGAUGAGAACAAGGUCUUAAACAUUCGGCUUUCGGACAUGGGACUCAAGGGUGAGUUUCCAAGCGGUAUUAAUCAAUGCGCAGCAUUGACAGGCCUAGAUCUUUCCAGAAACAAUUUUAAUGGUACUAUUCCAGCUGACAUCGGAAAUAUACUCAAAUUUGUAACAAAGCUUGAUCUCUCCUUCAACAAUUUUCAAGGAGAAAUUCCAAAGGGCUUGUCAAACUGUUCUUAUCUGAAUUCCCUUAUACUUGAUAACAACCAGCUGACCGGUCAGAUUCCUGCAGAGCUUGCCUUGCUUGGUCGACUCACUGGUUUUAGUGUAGCAAACAAUCGUUUGACAGGGCAAAUUCCAAGCUUAACAAAUAACUUCUCAGCAGACAACUAUGCAAACAAUCCAGGUCUCUGUGGCUGGCCUUUACCCACAUGCCAGGUUCCUUCAAAGAAAAAUCAUCCUGGAGUCAUUGUUGGAUCGGCUGUUGGUGGGUUGGCUUUUGCAGCAUUUGGUGUGGGUAUUGCCAUGUUCUUCCAUUUCCGCAGGGCGUCAAGAAAGAGGAAAGAAGGAGACCCUGAAGGAAAUAAAUGGGCAAAGAGUAUAAAGGGGGCCAAAGGCAUUAAGCUUUCCACAUUUGAGAAGUCGGUUUCGAAAAUGAGAUUAAGUGAUCUUAUGAAGGCUACGAACAACUUCAGCAAAGACUACAUCAUUGGGUCUGGAAGAACCGGAACAAUGUACAAGGCUGCACUUGAAGAUGGUACUGAACUUCUGGUGAAAAGGUUGCAGGAUACUCAACACUCAGAGAAAGAAUUUGUGGCUGAAAUGGCUACUCUUGGGAAUGUGAAGCAUCGUAACCUGGUUCCCCUUUUAGGUUUCUGCAUAGCUAAGAAGGAGAGACUUUUGGUUUAUAAGCUCAUGCCAAAUGGCACCCUCCAUGAUCAACUCCAUUCUGAGAAUGAAGGUGGCAAGAUUUUGGACUGGCCUUUGAGGCUCAAAAUUGGGAUAGGGGCGGCCAAAGGGUUUGCCUGGCUCCAUCAUAAUUGCAAUCCCCGUAUAAUCCAUAGGAACAUAAGUUCGAAAUGCAUCUUGCUGGACGCUGAUUUUGAGCCCAAGAUAUCCGAUUUUGGACUUGCUAGGCUCAUGAACCCACUCGACACGCAUUUGAGUACUUUUGUGAAUGGCGAGUUUGGUGAUUUGGGUUAUGUGGCUCCUGAAUACUCACGCACUCUUGUGGCUACUCCUAAAGGGGAUGUUUAUAGUUUUGGAGUCGUGCUUCUUGAACUGGUGACUGGUGAGAGGCCUACCUGGGUGGCCAAUGCCCCAGAGACCUUCAAGGGAAACUUAGUGGAAUGGAUUACACACCUUUCUUCCAGCUCUAAGCUCCAAGAAGCCAUUGACAAGCCUUUAAUUGGAAAGGGUUAUGACGGCGAGCUUUUCCAGUUUCUCAAGGUUGCCUCCAACUGUGUUCUUCCCGCUCCCAAGGAGAGGCCUACCAUGUUCGAGGUUUACCAGCUUCUGAGAGCUAUUGGGGAGCGAUACGAUUUCACGGCGGAUGAUGAGGUUUUGAUGCCCUCGGAUACUGGUGAUGCUGAUUAUAUAGAAGAGCUUAUUGUUGCUUCUGAAAUGAGGGAGAAUCAUUAAGAUUAAGAUGGUGAUGUUGUGGGUAAGUGAGAUCUUAUGACAUAUUUUGAUCAUGUAUGUUAAGUACCCGUUAUUAUUGUUGUUGUUGGUGGUGGUGGUGUUAAAAUAAAUCUCUAGAUCUUAAUUA